CCGGUGGCAGUUGGCGUUUAAAGGUUCCGAGGCGGUGAAAGGGAGACGAGUGGCGGCAGGGCUGGUGUAGCUCUCGUUGUGGUCUCGGCUCUGCCUCGCGAGCGGCCGCGCUUCCCUGCCUCCGCAGCAGCCCUCGGGCGGAACGGGGAGAUGGUUUCCAGGGCCGUGGAUCGGCUGCUGAUUGUCGUCUCCGUGCUGGAAGGCCGCUAUUUUCCAAAACGACCCAAGCACCUGCUUAUAGUUGAGGCAAAGUUUGAUGGUGAACAGUUGGCUACUGAUCCUGUAGAGCACACAGAUCAGCCAGAAUUUGCUACAGAACUGGCCUGGGAACUUGACAGAAAAGCGCUUCAUCAGCACAGGCUGCAGCGUACACCUAUCAAACUCCAGUGUUGUGUGUUGGAUCCUGUAUCUUCAUCUAAGGAUAACAUAGGCUAUAUUGUACUUGAUUUAAGGGCUGUACAGGAAAAGAAACAGGCACCCAAAUGGUAUCCUCUGCUUAGUAACAAAUACACAAAAUUUAAAUCUGAAAUACAAGUAGGUGUUGUGUUGGAGACUGAUUCAAAAGCACUGGUUGGUGGUUUUAAAGCAAAAGAGGCAUCUCCUAGAGAAGGGAAAGCAUCUGCCCUUCUUUCUGGACUAGACACUAAAAGUAUUGUACCAGUCUUGAAUGAAGAAGAGGGUUGUCAUCAAAUUGGACCAGCGGAGUAUUGCAGAGAUUACUUUGUCUUGUCUGUGACCAUUGUGUUUGCCACACAGUUGGAACAGUUAGUUUCUACUACUAUGAAGCUUCCAGAACGACAGCCUGAGUUUUUUUUCUACUAUUCUUUACUGGGAAAUGAUGUCAUAAAUGAACCUUUCACUGAUUUAAUUAAUCCAAACUUUGAGCCAGAAAGAGCCUCAGUUCGAAUACGUAGUACCGUUGAUGUCCUUCGAGUUUAUUUUUGUGCACAGUCAAAAUUGCAGAUCCAUCUUUGCUGCGGGGACCAGUCUCUUGGAAACACUGAAAUACCUCUGUCUGGAUUACUGAAGAAGGGAAAUGCAGAGAUGGAUCAACAUCCUGUGACAAUAGAAGGAGCAUUUGUCCUUGUUCCACCAAAUAGAGCUAAACAGAAACUGCCACAGUUGCCUUUGGAUAUGGCUCCUACUGUUGGGGUAUCCAUAAUUCUGCAAAGGGAGAACUUGAAUGCCCAGCCUGUGAUUCCCUUAAAUGCUCCAACUGGAUCUAAUCAGCCACAGGAGAAAGUACUUUCAGCUGUUAAAGGGAAAACAGGGGGCCUGCAGCAGGGAUACCAGAAUCCCCCAUCUCAGGUUAGCCACUCUUCUUCAACACAAGAUGAAGCAACAGAAAGUGAAGUGGAAAGUCUUAAGUUUGAAAAAGGCAUGAAAGUAAAGAAAAAGGGGCUGGUGGCUGAGUCUUGUCAAGUGGUUAACAAAUGGUGUACUGAAGAGCUUCCAGUUUUCAAAUCACAGGACAGACCAAAGUCACCUCUGUUGUCAGAUCUGCAAAAUCCUACUGAUAAUGGUCCAGUAGCUUCAUCUCAGCCUAUCCCUGUGGGUGCAUCCAGUUCUUCUGAGCCUUCAGCACAGAAAAUUGUUAUUCCUGCAGCCUCUCACCAUUUUUGCUUUUCAAUAGAUCUGCGAAGCAUACGUGGUCUGGAAGUUGGUUUUCCAAUAAAUUGCAUUUUAAGGUACUCAUAUCCAUUUUUUGGCAGUGCAGCGCCUAUUAUGACAAGCCCACCUGUAGAAGUUAGAAAAAACAUGGAAGUCUUUCUUCCACAAUCCUACUGUGCUUUUGAUUUUGCAACUAUACCUCAUCAGCUUCAAGAUACAUUCUUGAGACUACCUCUGUUGGUCGAGUUGUGGCACAAGGAUAAAACAGCUAAAGACUUACUUCUAGGGAUGGCGAGACUUCAGCUUUCGAAUGUUUUGGCUUCGGAAAAAACCCGGUUCUUGGGUAGUAAUGGUGAACAGUGCUGGCGUCAGACUUACAAUGAGACAGUCAGUGUCACAGCAGCACAAGGGUCAGACAGCCGAAUAGCAGACCUUUCAUAUGCUAUCACUUUGGAAGACCAUGGGCUUGUGAAAAUGCAAGAAGUUCUGGUGUCAGAUUCUUCUCAAUGUGUAGGUGCUGGUCAGCAAUGGCAUGUCCCUCACAUUCAGCCUCGUUGUGCCCAAGAAAAUCCUCCAGAACCUCGAGAAACACUUGAAUACAAAGCUGCACUAGAGUUGGAAAUGUGGAAGGAAAUGCAAGAGGACAUUUUUGAAAAUCAGCUUAAAAAGAAGGAAAUGGCCCAUAUGCAAGUACUUGCAGAAGAAUGGAAGAAAAGAGAGAGAGAGAGAGAAGCGUUAGUGAAGAAAAAGGUAGCAGAAUAUGCUGAUUUGGAAGAACAACUUCAGAAAACCUUGAGAGAUCUAGAUAAGCGAGAACGGCAGCUUUUUAGUGCUGAAUCAGAGCUUCAAACAAUAAAGAAAGACUUGCAAGCAGAGCAUGAACGAAAGCUACAGGAGCUACAGGAUUCUGUGCGGCGAGCCAGAGAAGAAUGUGCACACCAGGUUGAGCUAGAAAGGUCGAAAAUCAAACAGCUGGAAGAAGACAAGCUUCGCUUACAGCAGCAGCUCAAUGAAGCAGAAAAUAAGCAUAAAAUUCUGGAGAAGGAGUUCCAACAAUACAAAGAACAGCAAAGUACCAAACCAGAAAUUAAGCUACAAUCGGAAAUAAAUCUUCUCACUUUAGAAAAGGUUGAACUUGAAAGAAAGUUAGAGUCAGCUACGAAGUCAAAGCUCCACUACAAACAACAAUGGACAAGGGCUUUGAAAGAACUUGCAAGGUUAAAACAGCGUGAACAAGAAAAUGCAAUGGCUCACCUUAAAAAACAGCAACAGGAGUUGGAGCACAUGAGGUUGCGCUACUUGGCAGCAGAAGAAAAAGAGCUGGGGAAACCAGACCGUCAAGAGUUGGAGGAUAUCAGAAAUGAACUCAACAGGCUAAAGCAACAAGAAGAAGAAAGAAAGCAGUUGCAAGAUGUUAGAGCUAAUUCUGCUGGUGGAGUUUCUAAUUCUAGAAAAUUAAAUGAGAACAUGGAUGAUUAUCUUUCUCGUCUAAUAGAAGAGAGGGAUACCCUGUUGAGAACAGGAGUAUAUAAUCAUGAAGACCACAUUGUGAGUGAACUUGAUCGUCAAAUCAGAGAAGCUAUUGCAAAAAGGAGCAUCACUAAAUAAAAACAAACAAAAGUUGAUAAAAAGAAUCAAAAUUCGAGCAGAGUGAUUUUUUUAUAAACCUGUAUUACCUUACAAAUACAUAAGGUAAUGCUUAAUUUUGCACAUUAUUGUUAGAUCUUUCUGAAGUUAAUGUAAAUAUUUGCAAAAUGUGAAGUUAAGCACAGUUUUAAGUUUUAUGGUGGUGACAGCUGUUUUUUAAUGUUUUUAUACUCAUGUAUACAUAUAUAAAUAUAUUUAUGUUUUGUGGUUUCUUCUGAAAUGUUUUCUACCUCUUUUUGCAUCACCAUGGCUAUGUUUAUUUGUAAUAUUUUUAGUAUGCAUUCUAAGAUUGUUGGUACAUAUUGUCAUAAUUUCAUUCAGUUUUUCAAAAGAUUUCUUCAGCUGUACUGGGGAAAAAUGACAUCAGCUGUUUUCUGUGACAGAACUCUUAAUUCUGAAGCUACAUGCAGCACCAGCCAAAUGUCACUUUUUUACUAAAUCACAAAAUAAUCCUUUUUUGCUUCUCUAACUGUAACAAACUAACAUGGCUAAGUUUUGUAAUAACUAAGGCAGGACUGGGAGCAUGUCUCUGAAAUUAUGAAACUGAAACUGAAUCAAUUACUAAGUAACAGUACAGGGUAAAAAUCCUAGCAGUUUUGCACUUGGACCUAUAUGGGUGAACCCAGGGGUUCAAAAAUAUGCAUGCAUUCUUACAUCCAUCCCUAAUGAGGAAAGAUACUUGAGGCACUGCUUCAGUGAAUUUAUACACUUUAAAUUCUGAACACAUACACAAACAAGAGCUUUUCUAAGUAAAGAUGUUUUCCUGAAUCAAGGUCUAACCGCUUUGCACUUACUUAACAUGUAUUUCAAAGCAUAUUAUCUCAUUACCACUUAAAUUGUAUGUAAGGUUUUGUUUGAUUAUGGAAGUAUGAAGAGAGAGCAGUCUCAAGGUGUUCAGUUCUGCAAAAAAGGUUAGUUUGUUAGCAUAAUCACAGUUGAAAACAUUUUGGUUUCCAGCUUUUGUUCUAUUUCAGUAAUUUUAAAAUUACUUGUAUGGAUCUAGCUAAUAUCAUUACCUUACAACAUUAUGCUUUCAAAAGGCAUUUUUGUCUGUUCUGUAUGCACAAAUGUUUAUUAGAAUGCCAAGUACUGAAAACAUCUUAGGAUUUGUUACUUUGAGAAUGAACCAAGACACCAAUGGAAAAAAAUCUCUAUUUUUUUACAAAAAAAAUGAGUGAACUUCCAUAGAUGUGGCUCUAUUCAUGUGACCUUUCUGUUUUGUAUGGUAUUAAUUAUAAAUUAUUUUUUAAUAUUGUAUCUGGUUUUGCCUCUAGGUAUAUUGGGUUUCCUCCUCCUUACUAUGGGCAUAUCUCCAGUUAAAUAAACUGUUUGUUCCUUUAGAGAAGUUUUAAACAAGCCAUAUUCUGUGAAGAAUUAUUACUUUUCGAUACCAGAUUUCGUAAGAAAUGCUUUUCUAAUACUUUGCAUGCUCCUAUAUUUUUCAAAUUAGUGUGUUUGAAGAGAUCCCUCUCCACUAGCAAAUAACACAUUCAUAAAUCGAAUACAAAUCCUUAAAAAAUAAUUUUACAACUUUUCUAACAUCAUGGCUCUGUCAUAUCGCUGAGGCAUGUUCAUAUGCAAUUACUGCAGAUUAAUUGGGGAGCUUCUAUUUUGACAGGAGACUUACUCAUGCGGAUUUUCUUCAAAUGCUCCCUUGCUGGAAGUGUAGUUUCUUCUCCAAACGCUGGAGGGUGCCUUAGACUUGAAGAUCACACGUUGUGUUGACUGAUUUUUUUGUAAUUGGUGAUUUUAUGAAAUGGUAUCCUAGAACUUUUCAGGUGUGUUACUUAUUAAAUAAAAUCGUAAAUUUUAAUAAA